AUGCUAAGGGACAUCAUCAUCCUCUCCAUCGCCGCGGUAGCCUCGGCGCUGCCCCGUGGCAUCACGGUCAUCCCGGGCGGCACGGUGGACACUGUCACACCGUUGACAGCACUUUCGUCCAAGGGUGCCGGGGCCGUGGCCGCAAGACAAGCCCCCGCUCCGGCCCCAGUCGCUCCGGCUCCGGUCGCUCCAGCCCCAGUUGCUGCCGCGGCUGUGCCGCUGAGGAUAAUGCCCCUCGGUGCGUCAGUGACGUUCGGGACCGGGUCAACAACGGGCGACAGCUAUCGCAAGAACCUACUGGACCAACUCGUGGCUGCGGGGCAGACGGUCAACUUCGUGGGCGAGUUCCAGAACGGCAACUUCACCAACCCGCAGGUCGAGGCCACCCCGGGCUUCGUGAUCAACCAGAUCGCCAACUCGUCCAACGUGAGCGUGCCUAAAUUCCUGCCGAACCUCGUCCUCCUCGACGCAGGGACCAACAAUUGCAACCGAGGCGGGACGGUGCCCGACGCGGGUGCCAACGUCUCGUCCCUUAUUGGCAGCAUAUAUGCCCAGAGCCCCGGGUCGACGGUCAUUUUGACAUCGGUGCUCGUUAACAAGGUGCCCGCACAGGAGGCGUGCCGGGUCGAUGUGAACAACCAGUAUAAUGCGCUUGCUGCUCAGUUGACCGGUCAGGGUGCCAAGUUUGUGUUUGUGGAUAUGAGGAGUCCGGAUGGGCCGACUGUUAACGACCUGGCUGAUAACCGGCAUCCAAAUGACGCUGGUUAUGUGAAGAUGGCUAAUGUGUGGAUGCAGGGCAUCCAGCAGGCACUCGCGAAGGGCUUCAUCACAGCGCCUGUGGCUAAUGGUGUCUCUGCUGCUGGCGUUGCUUGA